UUCAAAACCCGCGAAGGUAAAUUGUGUUCUUUCUUUUGAUAGUCUUCAUGAGGUGUACACACGCUUCUGCGUCUGUGAGGCUCUGAGAAAAUCACGAAUCUAGCUGAUUCCCUGUAAGACUAUCAUGACAUCGACCACUGAAGGUGGACACACAAGUGCUGAUGACGAACUGGAAGCUGCGAAGCCCUACAAAUGCUUAACCUGUGGCUCCUGCUUUAAGGAUGUCGGUCAGCGUUUAGUCCAUAACUUCAGCUGCCGUGACGGAGCGCAUACAAGGAAGACGCGCAUUAAAUCCACCGAAACCAGUACUCAAGAUGCUUCAGACGCUGGAUUACCGGGCCUUCCCAGCGAAUGCAUCGUGUGUGGAGAAACAUUCCAACCAUGGCCUUCACUCCACAAGCAUAUGAUGUCACAUGAUCCCGCACCAGCGGACCCAACCUUCUUCGAGAACUGUCGCUUGAUUGACAGAACCAUCCAGUGCAUGAUCUGCGGUGUCGUCAAGGGAAAUAGGCGUUCCCUCCGCGGUCACUUCGCGUCCCAUCACUCCAAUGAGCGCCAAUUCAUCUGCCCAAAGUGUCCGGCCAACUUUAAGACAUCCGAUCGCUUCAUUGUUCACUUCAAGAGAUCACACACAUCGCUAGCGCAGGUCCAUCGGUGUGGCCUGUGCGAUUUCACUACAGUGGACAGAGAAACGAUACGCAGACAUAGAUUGAAACACGAUGGUAUUGUUGAAAAGGAACGAUGCGAAGUGUGUUUCCAGAUGAUCCGGAAGGUGGGACUCAGGUACCACUACUUCGUCCACACGGGUGAGAAACCGCACGUUUGCCGCGUCUGCGGCAAAGGAUAUCUAAUCAGAAGAGAUCUGAAACGACAUAUCGCUUCCAUACACUUGGGCAUCAAACCCAAGUACGAAUACAGAGAUUGUCAAGUGUGUGGUGUGAAGCUACUUUUAGCGAGCUUAGAGUCGCACAUGCGACGCCACACCGACGAACCUACGAACAUCUGCUGCAUCUGUGGGAAGCACUUCUACCGCCUCGAGAGAUACAUUCAUCAUAUGAAGAGAGUGCACGUCCGCAUCAAAGAUAAGAAAUGUCCGGUGUGCCAGAAGGCAUUCUAUGGUCUCUCGGAGGUGCAACAACACAUGCAGGUGCAUGUGGACGAGAAGCGGUUCAAGUGUGAAGUGUGCGGGAAGGCGUUCAAGUGGAAGCAUAAGAUCAGGGACCACAUGAAGACGCACAGCGAGGAACGGCCCUUUAACUGCGAGCUCUGCGGAGAAGCGUUUAAGUGGAAACAUAAUCUGGCCAACCACGCGCGAGCCAAGCACACGUGAAUGUUCCUUUUUCAGGAGAGUGUGUGAUUAUAGUUUAGCUUUCUACGUUUUUUUUAUCCAUUCAUCAUUUUUACGAAGAAAGGUAGCGUAUUUGAAUACACGUAUUUAUGUCGACAUAAGGGUUAGCCACCGCACGAUGGGGCUUGUCCCCUGCCUACAGAUAAGCGAACCAUAUCAAGUAUGUAGCAGCUGUCCUAAGUACCCAUCUUACGUUCUAUGUUAUUAUGUAUCCCAUUUAUCAUCGGUAGUUCUGCAUGUAGUUUUGAACAAAUGCUUCCCAAACAACGGUGUAAGUGUGCAGAGCAAUGAAUUUCCAGUCAAUAAAGGAACUCUAAUCGAUGCAUAAUAACACAGCA